AUGCAAUUCAGCCACAUAUUUAUGCACACUGCCAUGUUCACAGUCAGCGCUUCUGCUCUCCCCAAUCUAAACCAAGUCUCGGAACUUCAAGCCCCUAUUGAUGGCUACGACAUCGUUGUCCCACAGUGGGAGGUCCAGGCCGCCCCUGGAGGCGCGAAGUUGAUUCUUUCCGGAACGGUCGAGCAGGUUCUUGCUGAGCUCCAGGUCAUCAACUCCAAUUACGCGGAGGACUUUGACCUCGACUUCGAGCUUCCCUCUCCUGCCGUUCACAAGCGCAACGACUUUGACAGCGCCGCUUUCGCGUGCAACGUCACCAAGGCUAUGGCUGAUCAGAGUAUCAUCGCCAAGGGUUCCAAGUACCUCAGAGGCGUCAAGGGAAAGCCUCACCACCCACCUGGUCCUAACACCUGCGCUCGUGUGAGCUGCAGCUGGAAGUCCGCGAUUUGGUGGUGUAACCAUGCACAGACUCCGCGCGAGCUUGACUCUUUCGGUGUGAUUGCUGACGGUACGGAUCAUAUCAUUCAAGUCUGCAAGAUCAACGGCGAGUGGAUCGAUGGUCAAACGUGGCACAAGGAUAAGUGGAGUGUCAUCGUUGGCCGCGCUGACUGCUAA